CCUACUAUUAAGCUUUCUCCGCGCUCCGCCGCAUUUCUGAAACAAAAAAAAAUGGGGAAAAGGUACUAUUGUGACUACUGUGACAAAAGUUUCGCUGAUAAUUCAGAGAACAGAAAGAAACAUCUUAAUGGAGUCGUUCAUGACAGACUGCGGAAGCUUCAUUACUCACAAUUUAGAGAACCGGAAGAGAUUUUGUCAGAAGAAAGAGCCAAAUUUCCAUGUGUGAAGAUAAAGCAAUCAGGUUUCUGUCCUUUUGAGGGGAAUUGUAGAUUUUCCCACUUGACUCCAGAAUGGGAACGAGAGCUACUGGAAAAAAUUGAAGCCAAGAAACUUGCAGCCAAGGCAGCUGAGGAUCAGGCAGCCAACCGACCGGAACCAAACCUUGCUGACUGGCUUGAUAAAAGGAAAAAGAAAGACAAUGCAUCAUCAACAUCAGAGGGAGCAGAUCCAUCAGGUGGAUCAGCAGCCCUUCAACACAUGCAGUUCAGCCUUCCUCCAGAGUUACAGAAUAUACCAGACCUUCCACCUUCAAUGAUCCCUCCCACCGGUGAUUGCUUUGCUGAGACUGCCGAAUGGGGUUUAUGACCAAUUCACUGUAUUCUACAGGUGUAUUUUCUAUUCAUACUCUCCGCAGAUUCAAAAUGUUGAACAUUAUCUCCGAAUGAAAGUGUUUGAGGUAAAUAUUAUCCUUAGAUUUAAAUUUGGGGUUGAAUAUUUCAGAAUACUUCAGCCUUCAAAUAAUAUGUCAAAGUUAACAGUUUUUAUGAAAUUUGCCUGAAGUUGGACAGUGGAGUCUGAAAGUCUGACUACUCUGUUGGCUUUUGUGCACGUUAAAGAGGUCAUAAUAGUGCCCUACCUAUUGUGGUCUCCGGCUGGUUAUUCAGCGAGUAAUUUCCACAGUUUAAAAACAAAAUCAAAAGUUUUAAAAAAAUGAGAAAACCAAAUUUGUUAAUGCCAUGCAAAGUAUUAGUGAAUGAAAAUGGAGACUAAGUGUCAACUCACAUGUUCUUCAGGAGCAGUUGCUUAGUGCAAAACAAAGAUAUUGCAAAAUGUUACAUAUUUCAGAGCGUGCCAUGAAUUAGGCUCGUUCACAUUCUUUAAAUUGAUUAAUACAAGCUGAUAUUGUUUUUAUGAAACAGAUAUAUUUGUUAUCAAAAACAGCUUGCCAUUAUUGGAACAAGAUUUGUUAUAGAAAGAAAAGAAUUGUUAUAGUUAUGUGACACAAGUCCAAUUCUGUAUGGGAGUGGCACGGGGCUCUUUAAAAGUUUUAACAAUUAAUCAUACAGUUUUAUUAAAUUGUAUGACUGAUUUUGCAUAAUAAUAUGAUGCCUCCAACCAUGAUAGGCUAGUCUGCAAGCGCAGACUCAUAUUUGCCAUUUCAACCAAUAACAGGUCUAGAGUGAAGACUAGACUCCAAAGACUUUGCUUCAAAUAAGAGCCAGCCACAUUACAUAGUGAGUCUAGUCUCACUAAUUCAGACUCUGCGUUAUGCACUAUGCGAGUUGCAAAAAUCAAAGGUCUGUGCCAGCAGACUAAUAAAAAGUAGCCCUAUGAUCAAUUUGUUAAUAGCUCUGUGCUUUGGGAUCCUGAUGAAUGCCUCUGCAAUGUAAUAUCACCAAAGUUCUUAUCAUAAGAGCUCAAUAUUCAGGACUAUUACCUUGUGAUCAGUAUCUGCCACAACUGAUUGGUACAUACUGUACCUUUAAUUUAACCAAGAGGGUUAUCAGUACAAAGAUACACCACCCUUAUGUGAUGAAAGUAAUGGAUUGUCAUGAAACUUACCCCUGCAAAUUCCUCACUGUACAAUUUUGAAGUGUUCAUAUACCAACAUUCUGAUAAUUAUGGUAUAGGCCUAUUUAAUUGUUUACUAGCAUGUACCACAUUGAAGAACACAGAGAUUCUUUUGGUGAUUAGCACACCCCUCCCCCCCCCCCGAAAAUGGUUGUUUUGGAGUUAUAGGGUAGGUAGGCAACUAUUUUUUGUUCUAUUUUUUAAAUCCCUCCCCCAAUCUGCAUACACAAACUUAUUCAUACAAGCACUUUUACACACAACCCAUAUUACACACAAUGUACGUUUACAUGCUUACAUUCAAACAUUGAACCCAGUGAAGUGCUACUAAAGUUCCUCCAAGUUGGACACCUUUUCCCUCAGCCAAUACAUUGGAAAUUGACCUUCCAUCACUUCUCCUCCAGAGUAAAUUAACACAGGGUUCUGUGAUGUCAGCUAUUUGCUGAAUAAUUCAUCCACCUUGUAAUAACAGUAUUACAUACCCCUCCUCCUUCGCCCUCCGGGUAUCAGUACACACUCAUCAAGAUUCAGAGAAGUUUUUGUAUUCACAAAAUGUCGAGUUAUUUUGAAAAUUGCAUACAUGUAUGUUGCAAAUUUUGCCGCACAAGUUGCAUAAGAUGAUGCUGGUAGCUCUCCUAUAGCAACAUGCCAAAAGGUCAAGUUCACAUCAACAAAAAAAUUAAUUGAAUUAAUAGGGUAAUUUCCCUUGUUUUGUUUUUUUACACAAAACAGCAAUAUACGUAAAACAAUGAUGUCAUCAAAUUAGAGUUGAUUAUGUCACGAUGAAGAACAACACCAAGUUUAUCAAAGUACUGAGAAACUGCAGUUCUGUUCAUUCCACUUGCUCUUGACUUGGAAAGUCCCUCAGCUUUACGCGGCACAAUAUCAGGGUGACGCGUGAGAAAACCAACUAGCCAGUAGGGUCCUGCAAGUUUGGUGGUAUGGUUGAAAUUGUGUGACAGGUUGUUCUUCUCUGCAUACUCAUAUGCUAAUGAUUGUACAUCAUAUCGGGUAAGUCCAAAUCCACGCGCCUCCAUAGUCAAGACCAAUUCAGCCAACUGAUUUUUACUCUCACCGGAUAAUGUUGGUUUUCUACCAAGGGGAGUAGUAUGGUCUUCAUUGCACUUCACUUUUCUUUGAAGAGUAGACCUUGGGAUAUUGUAAGUUUUUGCUGCAGCCAGAAAGCCUAGCUAUCCAGAAUUGUAUGCAUUGAUGGCCAUCUGGAAAUGAAUGGGCCGACCACGAAACAUGAUUAGAUUUUCGGACAUAGUUGACAGGCAUCUGUAAUAAAAACAAAAGAUAAUUGAACAAAAUUAAUGGAUAUUAAAAAUAAGUAAACCAAUUCGUAAACAACAUUGUCAUAGAAGUUUGAACUCAAGAUUUAAACUAAUUUCUCCACAUUAAACUGGAAAUUGCGAUAGGUUUACAUACUUUCCUGCAGUGGUUGAUUUGUGAACGGUAAAAACAUCUUUAAACUUUAAUGCCAAUAACUACCAUCCAUUGGCAUUGGUAAAAUCCCAUUAUUUAGGAAUUUCUCAAUUCAAAGAGUUGUGUACUUCUAUACUACUUCAUAUUUUUACAAGUCGUGGGGACAGUCAUUACAACAACACGCAUUAUCUAGGAACAUUUAUGGAUAUUACCUCGCUGGUGAUGCUGCACUGGAGUCCUGCUGUGGUGGCCGACUCACGACUCACUGCACACUGUAUUUCUGUCCAAAUCAGUGUUCUUAGUCCCACCCAAAACUCUGCUCUAAUUUGUUGUUUCCAAUAUUGAUAAAGAUAAAUUUUCUGUUGUAUCAUUAUCAGUCCAAAAUUUGCAAACAGUAGCUCCAGGAAAGCAAAGAGUGAAUGAAGAAAAAAAUAGCUUUGUCCAAAUCACAGUUACAGUACAUGAUGGAAUCUCCCAGAAUGAAGUAGUGAGCAGAAACCAGAGUCGGCAAGUGUGCAGAUCUGAGUUUAAGAGAGACAAAGAAAAAAAGAGAAAUGGUCUAAAUGAUCAUUCAAAGUAUGAAUUUAAUUAUGUUGAUUAUGAGAGACUAAUACUGUCUGCAACAGCCACAAUUUAUUUGAACAAAAUGGUUUAAGAAUGAUAAUAAUAUGAUAAAUUUGUAUAGCGCAUCUACUAUAUGAUUAUACUCUACAGUGCUUUGGUUACUCCUACUGCUUAUACUUACUAAAAAUGAUGAUCUACUUAUAAGCUUCCUUAAUCAGAUAUGUCUUCAGUAAUGCUUUGAAAGAAGGAAAGCAAUUCUGAAAGAUAACUACUGGCUUGGCCAUUCGAUGCUUUAAACACCAGUUAAAGUAUCUUGAAUGUUAUACCAUAAUUAACAGGUAACCAAUGCAAUUCUUUCAGGAUAGGUGUGAUAUGUGAAAACUUUGGCAUGUUAGCCACAAGUCGAGCACAGGAAUUUUGAACACGCUGCAAUUUUGAAAUCUGUGCACAUGGUAAACCAAACAAUACUUUAUUACAACAAUCAAGUUUACUACUAAUCAAGGCAUUAACAAGGCUCUCUAUUAUUUACGGAUGUGGUGAAGAUUAUAGUGUGUGUAAAAGGCAGAUUUGCACAUACUGGAUAUCUGUGUCUGUAUAUUCAACUGAGUAUCUAGCCAAACACCAAGGUUUCUUACUGUACUAAUUGGUUUUACUCCAGAUUCUCCAAUUCUUAUGUGAUUAAUAUCCAGUUUCGCAUCUUGUGUGGAUGUUCCGACAAUGAGAAAUUCAGUUUUCUUUUCAUUAAGCAUGAGCUUAUGAUGAAGCUUCCAGGUACGGAUAUAGCUUGAACAGUCUUCCAAGAUUGAAACACUACUUUCUAGUAGAUUCUUAUCAGGGAUAAAAGAACUAUGGCCUGAUUUACUAGGAGUGAUCUCUUCAGUUCAGCCAGUGCCUCGGAACUGCUGACGGACCCUACUAACAUGAGAUAGGAAUGAUGCAUAUUCUUUCUUCAUUAUUUCGGAAUCGCAAAUUUGGUCUCAAAAGUUGUGCGAGACUUGAAUGUAAAAACUCAG